UUGCUGGGGGAGCGUGUAAGAGACGGACUUGUGAACAUGGCAAGCGUGAAUGUGUUGCCAGCUAAUGAGUUAUCCUUAUGGCGCUCACUUUUAGCUUUGGUUUGGCGUGUUAACUUGCAGGAAUGAGUUCAAGAAAUGUGGUAGGACAUCAAGCUGUUGAUUACACGUUGAGUUUCUGCUUUUAGUUUUUUAUUUUACUUAUGUUUGAAGUUAGCUCGUCAUACCAGCCGUGAUAGCGAAAAUAUGAGAUUACUUUUCCUUGCCUGCCUUACUCCCAAAACUGGGAACCACACCACAGCUGAGAGAAUCAGGUCCCACAUUGAAAAAGCAGGACACUCUUGUGUGCUCAGAGAUGCAGCAGACUUUCAGUCUCCUGCCGAGGUGGCAGACCUCGUAUCUGAAAAUCCACGGUUUGAGGGUGCGCUGGCCAUUCAUCUGUUCAGGGCAGGCAGACUUCUCUUAGACCUCCAAGUGCCCUUUGGUGUUAUCUUUGGCGGAACAGACGUAAAUGAAGAUGUGAGAGUUGAGCAGAAGCGUGUGGUUAUGGAGCAGGUGCUGCUGAAAGCCAGGUUCGCAGUUGCAUUUACUGACAAACUGAAAGAAGAGGCAGAGUUGCUUUUGCUGGCCCAGAGCAGUAAAAUCUAUGUCCAGCCCCAAGCAAAACUACAUUGCAGCAUUCUGCUAAAACCUGCAGAAGCUGGACACUCAGGCAUCCACACAGAAGUGACUGAGAAAUUCUGCUGGACUGAAUUCCUGAGGAGCUCAGGUGUAAGCCGGGACCGUGUGGAUGAGCUGCGUGUCUUCCUGUUGGUCUGUGGCCUCAGGAGGGUCAAAGACCCCCUCUAUCUGGUGGAGGUUUUUUCAGAGUGGCACUGUGAGAAUCCACUGAAUGUGUUGGUCAUUAUUGGACCAAAGAUCGAUCCUGUUCUCACUGCUGAAGUGGAGGCCGUUGUGCAAAGAACAGCAGGGGUCUUCUUGGCUCAGGAGAGGAGCCAACAGGAGCUUCACGCAGCCGUGAAAAGGUGCUUCGCCGUAGUCAACAGCUCCGUCUCGGAGGGCAUGUCGGCAGCCAUCUUGGAGGCCAUGGAUCUCGGGGUGCCCGUGUUGGCCAGGGACGUUCCAGGAAAUGCAGCUGUGGUGCAGCACGAGUUCACUGGCCUGCUGUACUCGUCUCCUCAGGAAUUUGUGCAUCAAUCUCAGAGGCUGGUGUCAGAUCACGAGCUGAGAGAGAGACUGGUGAGGAACGGAAAGCUCUACGUGGAAGAGCAUCACGGCCUGAAACGGGAGAGAGAAACCUACCAGCGGCUCGUGGACGCUCUGCUCUGAGCGAAAGGUGGCGCCGUUCAGCCGCCGCCCUGUGUACCCUCUCAGGAACGACAGAGAACACGACGUUUCACCGGUGUGUUCACCUUACAUAGCUUACGUUAUUAUCAUAAUCACAGGUGCCCUUACUCUCAGCCUUUUAGCAAAUCAACCUAUAUAUAAUGCAGAAUAACCCUGUUUUUAUCUGAACAUGCUGCAUAGCACUUUGAACCAAUGACCUCGAGUAGAAAUGGUUGUUAUGUUUAUGUAUUUUAUACAUUUGAAAGGGAUGCUGUACUGUUAUUUAUGGUUUAGUACAAAGACAGAAAUGUAUUUUUUUCAAUCUAAUAAAUAAAAGAAGCAAGCAGCUCCA